AGCCCCGGAAAGAUGUUUGUACUCUCUCUCCUUGAAUCUGCUGCCGGCGAAGUAGUGAGUAAGGUGACUUCACUCGCUACUGAUCAAUUGAGACUCGAUAUCGUCUGGGGGUUCCGCGAAGAGAUAAAUAAGCUCAAAGAAUCCUCAACUCUGAUUGGAAAUAUAAUCCAUGAUGCUGCUCAUGAACCUGAAGAUCGGAAACUGCGGGCAAGGGCCGAUUGGAUGAAGAGGCUUAUAAGCGUAGCUUAUAAUGCAGACGAUAUUCUGGAUGAAAUAGAAUAUGAAGUUCAGCGUAUCGUUAUAAAGGAGACCAGCCUGGAUAAGAAGAUACUCGGCUUCUUCUGCAACAAUCCUGUUGUAUUUCGUCUCAAGAUGGCACGCAAGAUUAACAACAUCAACACAUCCUUGGAUGAUCUCUACAAGCAAGCAGCCAGUGUGGGACUCGGCAUGACAAGGAGAUCAAAUGGAGGUGCAGCAGCAAGUAAAGAUAAGCGGGAAACAACCUCAUUCGUUGAGAAAAAUGAAUUCACCUUGAAAGAUGCAACCAUUGUUGGAAGGGAUCAGGUUGUGUCAGAUAUAAUUGCAACCUUGACCAACUCCAACAAUCAAGAAAAUAUUCUUUCAGUGAUGGCCAUUGUGGGAUUGGGAGGCCUAGGUAAAACUACUUUGGCUCGCUCAGUUACCAAGCAACUGAAAGAAGGUGAAAUGAAAAGGUACUUUGAUGCAACAUUAUGGGUGUAUGUAUCUAAUACUUUUGAUGUCAAUUCAAUUUUACAUCGAAUGCUGGAAUCAUAUGACGACGUGACUGGAGCAAAUCUUUCAAGUCUGGAAGCAUUGAUUGGAAACCUCCAGCAAAAGUUGAAAGAGAGAAGGUAUUUUCUUGUACUUGAUGACGUUUGGAAUGAGGAUGCUAAUAAUUGGGAUGAUUUGAAGCGUUGUCUAUUGCAACUAAAUUCUGCUAAAGGAAGCUCUGUGAUUGUCACCACCCGUAGUGCCAAGGUUGCAUCAAUCAUGGAAACACUUCCUAGAUGCGAUCUAGAGACUCUAUCGGAUGAUGAAUGUUGGUCCAUAAUAAAGGAUAGAGCAUUUGCAGAUCCUAAUGCUCCGAUUCCUUCAGAUCUAGAGGGAAUCGGAAGGGACAUUGCCAAAAAGUGUGCUGGUCUUCCAUUGGCGGCAAAGGUUUUGGGAAGUUUGAUGCGUUCUAAGAAUGGUAGCAAUGAAUGGAAGUCAAUUAAGGAAAGUAAAGUGUGGCAGGUAUCAUCAGACAAAGAGGAUAGCAGGAUCAUGUCGGUUCUGAGGUUGAGUUUUGACAAUUGGGAAUCACCAUUGAAACAAUGUUUUGCAUAUUGCGCCAUGCUCGAGAGAGGUUCCUCAAUUGAAAGAGAUAACUUGAUCCAGCUAUGGAUGGCUCAAGGUUUUCUCCAUCCUUCUCAUGGUCACCAAACUGAGCAAGAGAUUGAAAUGGAGGAUAUAGGCAAUAAGUAUUUUGAGACUCUACUAGAGAACUCCUUGUUUCAAGAUGCUACAGAGGAUGAGGAUGACUAUGGUGUUAUCAUCACCCGAUGCAAGAUGCAUGAUCUUGUGCGUGAUCUUGCAAACGAAGUAUCCAAGUGUGAAAGCUGGACAUCAGACUUCAAUCAUGAGAUGGAAGAUCAUGAGAUUCGACAUGUUGCACGGGUUCCUACUGCAAUACUAGCAAAGAUGCCAAAAUCAAGUAUAUCAAGACUGCGCUCAUUCUUUUCAAAUAUCGGGGAGGUCUCUAAUACCAUUUUUCCAAAAUUUAGAGCUUUACGUGUCUUAAGUUUUUGUGAGACUGAGAAUCAGGAGUUGCCAUAUUCACUUAGCAAGCUGAAGCACUUGAGAUAUCUAGAUCUUUCUGAUGCAAAAAUCAAAGCACUCCCAGAGUCUAUUGGCAAGCUCUAUAACCUCCAAACAUUGAGAUUACCUUGGAAUCUUAAAAAGUGUCCGAAGGUGAUUCAAAAUUUGAUCAACUUGAGGCAUUUUUACUUUGGUGAGGAAAUGAAAUUUGAGGCUGGGAUUUUGGGGCGAUUAACUAAUCUCCGAAGAUUGCCCUUCUUUAAUGUGGGUGAGGAGAGAGGUCCUGCAAUUAAGGAGUUGGGUGGGUUGAACCAAUUGAGAGGCCACUUGAUUAUUAUUGGGCUAGAACAUGUAAGGGAUGGAGAAGAAGCAAAGAAUGCUCGCUUAGUGCAGAAGAAUCACUUACGUGAGCUAACAUUUGCAUGGACAGACAAUGAGGUACCUAAUGAAAACCAGACGGAGGUACUAGAUGGCUUGGAACCUCAUGGUAACUUGCAAAGCUUGAACAUUCACCAUUUCAUGGGUGCUAGAUUUCCGUCAUGGAUAUCAGCUGAAGGAGGAGAGGUCGUGAAGGUAUUUCCUUGCCUCGAACAGUUGAUGAUAGAUGGUUGUCCCAGCCUAGAGUCGAUUCGGAUCACACAGGGCAUCGCAUCUCUCCGUCAAUUGAACAUCUGGGCCUGUAGGGGAUUAUCGAGCCUAGAGGAUGGGCUCGAUUACUGCACCUCUCUUCUUGAGGAGUUGAAUAUAAGUUGUUGCCCUAAUCUGGUUUCAAUUCCAACCGCACAGGGCAUGCCGUCUCUCCGGAAAUUGAAUCUCUUCAAGUGUAAUGGAUUGUCGAGCCUAGGAAGUGGGCUCAGCUACUGCACCUCUCUUCAGGAGUUGGAGAUAAAGAAUUGUGACAAUCUAACAUCAAUUCCAAUCACACAGGGCAUGCCGUCUCUCCGGAAAUUGACAAUUGAAUGGUGUGGGGAAAUAUCAAGCCUAGGAAGUGGGCUCAACUACUGCACCUCUCUUCAGGAAUUGGAGAUAAGGGAUUGUAAUAAUCUAACAUCAAUUCCAAUCACACAGGGCAUCCCAUCUCUCCAUCAAUUGAACAUCUGGGCCUGUAGGGGAUUAUCGAGCCUAGGAGGUGGGCUCAACUACUGCACCUCUCUUCAGGAAUUGGAGAUAAAGGAUUGUUACAAACUAAGAUCAAUUCCAAUCACACAGGGCAUGCCAUCUCUCCGGAAAUUGAAGAUUUCUCAUUGUAAGAGAUUAUCAAGCCUAGGAGGUGGGCUCAACUACUGCACCUCUCUUCAGGAAUUGGAGAUAAGGGAUUGUGAUGAAUUGACAUCAAUUCCAAUCACACAGGGCAUCACAUCUCUCCGAGAAUUGAAGAUUGAUAGUUGUUGGAGUUUAUUAAGCCUACCGAGUGGGCUCCAAUUCUGCACCUCUCUUGAGGAUCUGGUUAUAACUGAUUGCUCUCAUCUAGUAUCCUUGUCAGUAUCAUAUGUGAAGUGCGACCACUCGGAGGAAAUUUCUCAAGGUGUUGAUGCGUAUUUGUCUGUACCGGAGGAGGAUUGCCGUACUGUAGAAUCUAUUCUUGCUCGGUUGUUGGAAUUAAAAUAUGUGCCCACAGUAGGAUUUCACCACCUCACUCGUUUGAAGACGCUCCGAAUUGGUGCGUUCUGGGAGGAGCUGGACGCCUUCCCUGAUUUUCAUCUUCCUCCUAAUUCACAACUUGUUGAGUUAUGGUUGUUUGGGUGGCCUACGCUCGAGUCUCUGCCCCAACAAAUUCAGCACUUGACUUGUUUAAAACAACUCUGGAUAAGUGAUUUUAAGGGACUAGAGGCUCUUCCUGAGUGGUUGGGAAAUCUUACAUCUCUUGAGUCUCUGAGAAUCUGCUUCUGUGAGAAUCUCAAGUAUCUGCCUACACAAAAUGCUAUGAAAAGCCUUACCAAAUUAAAGAAGCUCCGCAGUGACGGAUGUCCCCUGCUCAAAGAAAGAUGCACCAAGGAGACUGGCCCAGAAUGGCCCAAGAUUUCUCACAUCCCACAUCUUCAGUGUAAUUUUUUUACCACAUUCUCUUUAUUUCCUUUUUUCUACAAAUCUCUUUCUCAUUUUUCAUCUUUCUUAACUCAGUUGGCAAUUGGUGAUUCGCAAUGCCUGCCUUACUGA